AUGGUGAGGCGACGGGCUUGCGAUGGAUGCUCUCUGCGUAAAACCCGGUGCAGUGGCCGACGGCCUUGUCAACCCUGUGUCCGCUCGGGAUUUGAAUGCUCCUACCUGAAACCAAUGGCAAAGCCCGGACCGAAAGGUCCACGCGCUGAGACCUACACACAGAUCAAUAAGCGCCUUCAGAGCCUGCGAGAGCGAGCUGGCCGUUGUGCAACAGAAAUCGCAUCACCCGCCAAUAUGCCGCUACUGACUGAUGGAUGGCCAUCGCACCUGCCCCUGGCAGGUGUCCUGGCUCACUUGCAAACCUACGAGCAGAGGAUGUAUCCCGUCUGGCCUGUGGUUGACACUGCUCGCCUUCGCAAUUCCCUCACACUGAACGUGAACAAUCUUGAAUUACGCGCUUUAGCCUUUGCGGUAUGCGCAGCGACCUGCGCUCAGUUGCAUUGUCACUCGGACAAUCAUGCGACGCAAGGAAAUGCAGAGGGAAAGUGUGCUAUGGCGGAUGACUUUGCGAAAGAAUCAGAUCAUUGCCGCACGAUGUAUGAUUACCGGGAAAGUGGCACUUUUGAGGCAGUACUGGUGCCGCUGUUCCUUCACUUUUACUACGGUGCGAAGAAAAAGAUACCGACCGCUUCGCUCUUGCUCCGAGAGUCUGUGACAUCGUGUCAGCUUCAGGGAUUAGAUAAGGAAGAUACCUAUCAAGAUGUAGCCCCGGAAGAUGAGCGGUAUAGGCGAAGGGCGUUCUGGCUCCUCUAUGUGACCGAAAGGGGUCACGCAAUUCAGCAUGGAAUUAAUACCUGUCUACGAGACUCCAUACGGCCACCAACGCGCGAUCGCUCGGACGAACUACCCCUUGUUGAAGCCUUUGACCGUCUGGUGGGUCUAUUUAUUGCCGUGGAAGGUGUGCUUCUCGAUCGCGGUGGCUCCAGUACCACCAUGUGCAGUAAGGAGACGCUCUGCCGGCUACAGAGUCACCUCCGCCAGCGCCUCCAGUGGCCUACGGCAUACCAUGCAUUACAGAGAACGGAUAUUGCUAUUACCCAACAGUGGCUACGCAUAUUACUUUGGCAGCUGUCUUUAAAGAAUAUUUUCCUCUCCAGCGCUUCGGUUGAUGAGAGUAUGAGAUUGACCUACCCAGUCCAUGUGGCAAGAGACGCGAUCGUGUUCAUCUCUAACGUGCCCCAGGAGACAUUUGUGGCACAUGGUCCCGGGAUGGCCAUCAAACUCUUCGAGAUAACAAGUACCCUGCUGGAUGUGAUUCACUGUGUUCCCACCCUCUUGCACCACAAUUCAGUGGGAACACACGAUAUUCUCCACCAUUUAUGUUAUUUACUGUCCUCUCUGAGUCACAGACCAUAUGGCCUAGAGGUAUUGCAGAGAAAAUUGCAUGAACUAGGUAUUCCAUACCGCCAUAUUCCUGCGCUUGCUCCGGUUGAACGUGGGGAUUCCCCAGUCAUCGAACCGCUUGAUGAAGAAAGAUUGGAUGCAUAG